UUCAAAAAAAAAAAAACAAAUAAAUUUUAAACAAAAUUUGAACAAUGGCAGGCAGUGCAACAGACAAGAAACUUGUAGUAGAAGUAGUAGAUGCUCGAAAUCUUGUUCCAAAAGACGGUCAUGGGACGUGUAGUCCGUACGUGAUAAUCGAUUUUUACGGACAAAGAAGGAAGACAAAGGUGGUGGCCAGGGACUUAAACCCUGUUUGGAACGAGGUUUUGGAGUUUAACGUUGGGAAACCAAGUGAUGUUUUUGGUGAUAUGCUUGAGGUUGAUGUAAAUCAUGAUAAAGCAAGUGGGCCCACCACAAGAAAUAAUUUUCUUGGCAGAGUGAGGUUGAAUUCAAGGCAGUUUGUUAAGAAAGGUGAAGAGGCUUUGAUUUAUUAUCCUUUGGAAAAGAAACAUUUGUUUAGUUGGGUCCAAGGUGAAAUUGGGUUGAAAAUUUAUUUUGAUGAUCAGGUCAAAACAAAAGAUGCUGACCCUCCUCCGGAAAAAAAUGAAGCACCGCCGACGCCGGAGGAAGUCCCGGCACCGGCAGAAGUCUCGGAGACUUCGGAUCAUGAUGAAGAGGUUUCUGGGGGUGGUGUUGAUACAGAAGAAUCAAGUAGCCCGAAGAAGCAAGAAGGAUUAGAGCAAGAUCGGCUGAAGACAUCGAGAUCUAUGCCGGAUAUUAAGAUUGGUGGAGAUAUUCCUAUCGGGCCUCAACCGAUCCCACGUGUUUCGUCGAUUAGUAGCUUUACGACGGAUGCCUCGGAUCGGUUUCUGAUCGAGCGGACGUCCGCGUUUGAUCUUGUAGAGAAAAUGCAUUAUCUAUUUAUUCGGGUAGUUAAAGCACGGUCUUUACCUACCCCUGGCAACCCAGUAACCAAGAUAGUGGUGUCGGGUUGCCAGGUCAUGUCAAAACCUGCCCGGAAAACGAUGUAUUUUGAGUGGGACCAAACAUUCGCUUUUAGACGCGACGCGAAUGAUUCGGGCUCCAUCCUUGAAGUAUCCGUGUGGGACCCGUUGAUCUCGAGCUCGACGUCAGAUGUAGCAGGGCAUAACUUUCUAGGCGGAAUAUGCUUUGACGCGACAGAGAUCCCACUACGAGACCCACCUGAUAGUCCUUUGGCCCCACAAUGGUACAGACUAGAAGGGGGUGGGGCUCAUAAAGGGGAUCUCAUGCUUGCUACAUGGGUCGGAACACAAGCUGACGAGUCGUUUCCAGAAGCAUGGAAAACCGACACGGCUGGUAACCCUAGCUCACGGUCCAAAAUCUAUCAGUCGCCAAAGUUAUGGUACUUGCGGGCCACAAUCAUUGAGGCGCAAGAUGUUCCUGCUUCAUCAACAUUCCAGAUCAAAGCCCAAUUUGGAUUUCAAGUUCAGAAGACGAAAUCUAUCAUCACUCGUAAUGGCUCGUCUUCUUGGAAUGAAGACUUGAUGUUUGUAGCUGCCGAGCCGUUCACUGACCACCAAUUGCUGUUGUUUUUAGUCGAACAGCGGGGCCCCAAGGAAACCACGGUUGUUGGGGUUGCUAACGUACCGUUAGCUACCAUAGAGCGUCGUGUGGACGAUAGAGUGGUGGUAUCAAAAUGGUUAACCUUUGAAGACCCGAACGAAGAAAAGAGAGUGUAUCGUGGUCGGGUUCAACUCAAAGUAUUUUUCGAUGGGGGGUACCAUGUGAUGGAUGAAUCGGCUCAUGUUUGUAGCGAUUAUCGACCCACUGCAAAACAACUAUGGAAACCCCCAAUUGGCACAAUCGAGCUAGGGAUCGUCGGGUGCAAGAAUUUGCUGCCAAUGAAGUCUAUCAAUGGAAAGGGAUCAACAGAUGCCUAUGCUGUGGCAAAAUAUGGUAACAAAUGGGUGCGGACACGAGCCAUAUCUGACAAUCUAGAUCCGAAAUGGAACGAGCAGUACACAUGGAGAGUUUACGAUCCGUCCACUGUGUUGACGAUUGGAGUGUUUGAUAGUUGGGAAGCGUUUGGAUCAGAUGGCCAAAAGGAGUCGACAAGGCCAGAUUUUCGGAUGGGGAAAGUACUUAUACGUAUAUCGACUUUACAGAUAGGAAAGGUGUACAAGAAUACGUACCCGCUAAUGUUACUGAAUGCCGCAGGCCUCAAGAAAAUGGGCGAGCUAGAGGUGGCUGUUCGGUUUGUACGUAUGGCACCAACCAUUGAUUUGCUGAAUGUAUAUGCACAACCUUUGUUGCCAAUUAUGCACCAUAUCAAGCCGAUAGGAGUGGUGCAGCAAGAGGUGCUUAGAACGAUAGCGGUUAAGAUCACAGCAGCUCAUUUAGCCCGAUCUGAACCACCUCUUCGGCGUGAAGUGGUUACUUAUAUGUUAGAUGCAGACUCACAUGCAUUUAGCAUGAGGAAAGUCCGGGCCAACUGGUUAAGGAUCGUUAACGUGUUAUCAGGGGUAAUCGACUUGGUAAAAUGGUUCAAUGAUACACGUUCAUGGAAGAACCCAACAGCUACUGUUUUAGUUCAUGUUUUACUUCUGAUGCUUGUUUGGUUCCCUGACUUAAUCAUCCCCACAAUUGCCUUUUACAUGUUCGCGGUCGGUGUGUGGAACUACCGGUUUCUCCGGUCACGGGCCCCACCUCCACACUUUGACCUGAAGCUAUCAUUGGCCGAAACAAUAGACAGUAACGAGCUAGAUGAAGAGUUCGAUGCACUGCCAUGUACCAGACCAAACGAUAUGGUCAGGAUGAGAUACGACAAGCUACGUAUGCUAGGAGCACGAGUACAAAGCAUACUAGGUGACAUAGCAACACAAGGGGAACGAGUUCAAGCUUUGGUGACGUGGCGAGACCCACGUGCCACGGGGAUCUUUGUCGGGAUAUGUCUGGUGGUUGCUAUCAUAUUAUACGUCGUGCCAUCGAAAAUGGUGGCAAUGACAUUCGGGUUUUACUAUAUGCGACACCCGAUCUUUAGAGAUCGGAUGCCGUCCCCAGCAUUGAACUUCUUUAGAAGACUACCAUCAUUAUCAGAUCGUGUGCUUUAGGUUCAAUAAAGCAGAUGAGUACUUGUUUCAGUAACUAUAUGAAUGCUUUACUAAAUGCAAUUGAGUUUGUAUGUUAUUUUUCAACUAAAUUAAGAUGAAAAAAAAAAAAUUAUAUAUGUA